AGGGGGACAGGCGAAAAUGCGUGGCGGGAGCACCGUACGCCUUCUCCUCGCCGGCCGGAAGUUGUGGGACUGAAUGGGUCCCGGAGCCGGUGCUUGCGGUUUCUCUGUUCUGACCUGACUCUUCGCUGCUCGACCGGCGGUCUCGUCAGCUGCUGGGCUACCAGGUUCAUGUGGAGGCUCCCAGGCGCCCGCGCAGCGCUUCGUGGGGUCCGCGCGGUGGUGGAACGGCACAGUCAGGCCGAGGCGGCGACUGAGACGGCUUCGGGUGCGAUGGAGCGAGCGGUAGUGCGUUGUGUGCCCUCGGAGCCUAAACUAAGCCUGUCGUUCGCGCUGUCCGACGGCAGCCACAAGAACAUGCAGCGCGACCAGAGCGAGCCGCUGGGUCGAGCCCUCAGCCGGAUCGCUACCAACGCCCUGAAAGGCCACGCUAAGGCGGCCGCCGCCAAGAAGAGCAGGAAGAACCGGCCAAAUGCUAGCGGCGGCGUGGCCUGUGCGGGACCCGGGCCGGAGCCGGCUGCGGCCUGCGAGCCCGUGGUGAAGCUGUACUACCGGGAGGAGGCAGUGGCCGAAGACGUGCUCAAUGUGGACGCCUGGCAGGACGGCGCGGUGCUGCAGAUCGGCGAUGUCAAAUACAAGGUGGAGCGCAACCCGCCCGCCUUCACCGAGCUGCAGUUGCCACGCUACAUCAUGGCCGGCUUCCCGGUGUGCCCCAGGCUCAGCCUCGAAUUUGGGGAUCCCUCCAGCUCCCUUUUCCGCUGGUACAAGGAAGCCAAACCCGAAACGGCGGAGCCCGAGGGCGGGGGGCCCUCUUCUUUGUCUCCCAAUUCGCCCUCUCCUAGUUGGACAGAUACAGGUGUGGAUGAGCGCGUCUACACCCCCUCUAAUGCCGACAUCGGGCUACGGCUCAAGCUUCAUUGUACCCCAGGCAAUGGGCAGCGCUUCGGGCCAAGCCGGGAGUUGGAAAGUGUGUGUAUAGUGGAGGCCGGGCCCGGCACCUGCACCUUUGACCACCGGCAUCUCUACACCAAGAAGGUGACUGAUGACGCUCUAAUGCGCACUGUCUCCUACAACAUCCUGGCGGACACGUACGCCCAGACUGAGUUCUCGCGGACGGUCCUGUACCCGUACUGUGCUCCUUACGCCCUGGAGCUCGACUACCGUCAGAACCUUAUACAAAAGGAACUCACGGGGUACAACGCCGACCUCAUCUGUUUGCAGGAGGUUGACCGCAACGUGUUUACGGACAGUUUGAUGCCAGCCCUUGAGGCCUUUGGGCUGGAGGGCGUGUUUCGAAUCAAGCAGCACGAAGGCCUGGCCACUUUCUACCGAAAGUCCAAGUUCAGCCUCCUUAGCCAGCAUGACAUUUCUUUCCAUGAAGCCUUGGAGUCCGACCCACUUCACAAGGAACUGCUGGAGAAACUAGUUUUGUACCCAUUGGCACAGGAGAGGGUGCUCCAGAGAUCAUCUGUCCUUCAGGUUUCUGUUCUUCAGUCAUCAAAGGACUCUUCAAAAAAGAUAUGUGUUGCUAAUACCCAUCUCUACUGGCAUCCAAAAGGUGGGUACAUUCGUCUCAUUCAAAUGGCUGUAGCCUUGACUCACAUUAGACAUGUCUCCUGUGAUCUGUAUCCUGGCAUACCAGUUGUAUUUUGUGGGGACUUUAACAGCACCCCAUCAACAGGAAUGUAUCAUUUUGUCAUCAGUGGCAACAUUCCAGAGGAUCAUGAAGACUGGGCUUCCAACGGGGAAGUGGAACGAUGCAACAUGGCUCUUACCCAUUUCCUCAAACUGAGAAGUGCUUGUGGGGAGCCUGCUUACACAAAUUAUGUUGGUGGCUUUCAUGGCUGUCUGGACUACAUUUUCCUUGACUUAAAUGCUCUAGAGGUUGAACAGGUGAUUCCAUUACCUAGUCAUGAAGAAGUCACCACCCAUCAGGCCUUACCUAGUGUUUCCCAUCCUUCUGAUCACAUAGCACUUGUAUGUGACUUAAAAUGGAAAGAGAUUUGUGUUUAAUGGAAUUUAAGUCUGUUUUAAUACUAAAUUUAAUAUGAAUCAAAGCUUAUGUGUAACCUUCAGAAAGGAAAACUAGACAGUAAGGUAAACUGUUUACCAGUUAUAUUCUAGUGUCUUCAUUACAUGACUUCAUAAUGUUUGCAUAAUACAGUUUCUCUACCCUUUUUCCUCCCAACACUUGCAGGAAAAACAAAUAUAUUUAUGAAAGGAAAAACACUGAAUUACUGUGUAUAUAAAGUACUUUUUUUUUUUAGCUAGUAAUUAAGAAUUU